CGUCGGACGUCAACCAAAAUUCAUUUAGAAGAAAAAAUAAACUGAAGACUUGGCUGUAUAGCGCAAUUGCCUUGCCUUUUCCUGAAAAGGAAAGAUUUACAAAAAAAAAGACAAGUGACAACUUUGACAAGCACGAAAAACGAAAACAACCAUUCGUUCGCGUGAUCGUGCUAUUUAUUUUUAUCAUAUUUGCUUGCAAAUACUACAAAUAUUUGUGUUUAUUGUUUGUAUCGAGGAGUGUAAGUACUUAAACAACAGUGCUGUUUUUGUAAUCUUUAUUUAUCUGAUAAGCCUUAAGAACAACGCGUGCCGGCAGCCCUUGUACUCGAUGUCGAAGUACUUUUCGUAGAAGUCUUGAAUUAGCUCCUCGACCUGCGAACAUGUCGAACGAUAUAUUACAAACGAAAUGCGAUGCUUGCUCGGAAGUGGCUCACGAACCCUUCAUUGAGUGUUGCGAGUGCGAGAGUAACUUGUGUAUGUCAUGUUUUGCCUCUGGACGCGAAGUGAAUUCCCACAAAAACGACCACAAGUACGCUGUCCGCCGCAACGACUUCCCUCUAUUCGAAAACUGCAACUGGUCCGCCAAAGAAGAGUGCAAGUUACUCUCUGCACUGUCCUCUUAUGGUUAUGGUAAUUGGGAAGAGAUCUCUAAAAGUGUACACACUAGAUCAAAGCUUGAAUGUCAGGAACACUACAAGAAAUAUUACAUCGAAAAUGUGCAGUAUAAAGGGCUGAAACUUUUGCCAGAAACACAACAGUCCCUGUUCCCUAGACCUGUGAUACCUUAUUUGUACAGCACAGAGGUGACAAUAAAUCCACCUCGCAACAACCAGGGUGAUCAGCAUUUGGCCGGUUAUAACGCACACAGAUCUGAAUUUGAGUUAAGCUAUGAUCAUAAUGCAGAAAGCAUUUUUAAUAUUGAAAACAAUUACUCCGAUGAAGAGGAUGAUGAAGAUGACUGUAUGGACUCUUUGAAAAUAGCUUUAGUCAACUCACUGAACACCAGGCUGAGAGAGAGGCAGAGGCGGUAUAAAAUUAUACAAAACCAUGGGCUCAUAAUGCCCAGCAAGCUGGUCUCCUGGUUACAAAAGUUUGAUAACACCCUGGGAAGGCAGAAAUGUGAGAGGUUACUUGCGUACAUGCAGUUUAUGACUGGAAUACAGUUUGAUGCAUUCAUGGAGGGUCUGAGUUUGGAGUGCGAGAUCAUGCAGAGAAUACUGCGGCUUUGCGAGUACAGGAAGUGUGGCAUUCGGACACUGUACGCUGCAAAGUUGUACAAGCACUUGAAGAAGGACAAUGACAUGAUGAUAAAGGAACAGCAGCACUCCACAUUUGUGAUGAUGAGGAAGUUUGAGGGCAUAUCACCUGUCAAGAGCAAAAUCUUUGGGAGAGACGAUGGAAAAGUAAAGAAAAUCAAGAAGUGUAUUAUGCCUCUUGAAAUUGUCGAUUUACCAGGUUUUCAUCUUUUGUCAGAGUCUGAGAAAGUUUUGUGCUCAAAUCUGCGUUUGGUCCCGAAAAACUACUUGGAAUUCAAGGAACAACUCGUUACAGAAAAUAAUAAGUUGGGUUUCCUCAGGCUUUUGGAUGCUCGGAGGAUAGUUAAGAUAGAUGUUAAUAAAACUAGGAAAAUCUAUGAUUACUUAGUAAGCGAAGGAUUUCUUACUAAACCUUUAUAAAUAAACUCUUAAUAUUGUGA